UACUCAAUGUUUCUGUACUCAUAGGAAUGUACUCCAGUUAACUGUAUUCCUAGUAAUGUACUUCAUUUAUUGUACUCCUAGUAAUGUAUUCCAUGUAACUGUACUCCUAGUAAUGUACUCCAUGUAUCUAGGUGCUGUGGAUAGUUCUCUGACUCCAGGAGAAACUUUUACCCUUGGAAUACAAACAGUGGGGAUAACUCAACAUAAUCAUAGGACUAGAAGAAGAUUUGACGCCAAGAUUGUCCAAACUUCAAUAUCUUGUAGAAACCUAGCCAACCCUAUUCAUAAAGACAUGGAGGUAUGUGUACAGACAGAAUCAGGAGCUAAGAGUCCUCUGGGACUUUUUACACGGUUCAAGUUGGAGCGGGAUCCUCCGCACAGAAUAUGCCGCGGCAAAAUCUUCUUUUUGCGCGAGCGCAAACAUGCUUGUCCAAAUUUACAUAAACUCAAAUUGCUGUAAUUUUAAUCCAACAAAUGUUUUUUACAGUAUCAAUUAUUAUAAUACUCCAAAAAAUAUUUUAACAUGCAAUCAAAUGUGAUACAAAAAAAAAUUAAAGGAAUAAAAAUUAAAUUAUUACUUAGUUUUAAGAAAUAAAUGCAUUGGGUUUGCACCAGUGUUCAAAACAGUGCAUUAUUGCAUGGCAAUAAAGUUGCACUUUGCAUUUUCCGGAAUUUUGUGCAAUUAUCAACUUUUCUAUUUCAUCAUUUAAACUUUAGUAUGUCAGCAAAUUUCAAAUAGAAUAUUUUUUUUCCGUAAGUCAUAUUUUUAAUAUAUAAUCAUUUAUGUAA